AUGAAGAAUGACCGGUCAGAAAUCGCGGAAAACCCUAGCCCGCUAGUAGGACUCUCAGGGGAGACCACUUUGGCACUCGAGUCAAUUAACCUCAUAACCUGCGUCAUACAACGUAAUCAUGGACACACCGUCGUUGAAUCUUAUGCAGGCAAUUCCAUCAACGUACCAUCUUUGCCUCAAGUUGUCAACCCCUUGCGGAAUCGAGACGAUCUGGGGAAACUCGAGGGUAUCACAAGUCUGCUUUGCCGCAGAAAUAAAACGAAAAAAUCAGAUUCCGAGACCAUUCCUAGGAAAAAGUUGGCCUCCGACCAAAAAGCCCAAGAACAAGAUUCAGCAGAACUCUUCUGGCAAUUAAGGAAAGCCGAGAUUCUAGAAGAAAAGCGCGAGCCAACCUGCAAACCCGUAGUAUCAGUAUUUCUUGACGAAGCAUUCCCCGAACGAUGCAUCGAGAUCGGAGCCAACCUCCAUGAACCUUUAAGGACUAAGCUCAUAGCUUGUCUAAGAAAGAAUCUCCACGCGUUCGCCUCGGCUGCGGAAGACAUGCCAGGGAUUGACAUCAAAAUAACCUGCCACGAGCUGAAUAUCGAUCCAACCUUCAAACCAGUCAAACAGAAAAGACAAAAGUUGGGACCCGAGCGCGCUACUGCGGUCAACGACGAAGUUGAAAAACUGCUUAAAGUCGGAUCGAUAACAGAAGUGAGGUACCCAGACUGGCUCGCCAACCCUGUAGUGGUCAAGAAGAAAAACGGAAAGUGGCGAGUCUGUGGGAAACGAACUUUUAUCCUUCAUGGAUGUUUUCUCGGGUUACAAUCAAAUUAUGAUGAACCCUAA